UGCUUCUUUUUGGAUUGUAGGUUAAUCCUGGAUUAACGGCAAAACCAGCGGUGGGUUAGGCACGGGGCGGCUCUUACCGAGCCUCUCCCUCUCCCUUCAUGAUUUCUUGCCGGUUUUCCCCGUAGGAUUCGCCUCGCCACGCCAAGCUCAUCCCGGCAGAAUCCGCAGCCCCGGCGCGGUGUUAUCCCGAGAAGCCGCCAGUGUCCUGGGAACUUUCCGAGCUGGAUGAUCGAUUCUUCUGUGAGAUCAGAGCUGAAUGACCGACAAAUGCUUCCGGAGGACGGGAAAGCAAAAGCUCGUUGGGAUAAUUAGUGGACAAACAUGCGUUUGGGAUUGGACUGAGGGGAUUUCUCCAGCUUUGCUCCUCCGUGCCUUUGGAUCCGCUGUCGCUGAGUGACUCUGCCCCAAGUUGCCAGGGAUUGCCCCCUGCUGAGGCUUAGCGGGACCCACAGACCCCAUUUUGGGGGAUUUUGGGUGCUUAAAGCCAGGGCAGGGAGCACCCGGGGAGGGGGAAAUGGUACCGAAACGCCGAUUCCUGUCUCUCGAGCCUGCGGUGAAGCUCUGGGAAAGCGCCGGGAUACAGGGAUAAGCCGCCCCCCUCCCCGUUCUGAGGGGCCGCGGGUGAUGCUGGUGAGGGAGCCGGUGGCUCCGUACCCCAUUCCCGGUGGGAUUCGCCCCGUUUUCCGGCAAAACCCCUCGCCAUGGCCGAGCACCCGGAGCUGGUGGCAGAGAUGCCGGCGGUGGCGCGGCUGAGCACGCCGGAACGGCUGAAACACGCUCAGAAACGCCGGGCCCAGCAGCUGAAAAAAUGGGCACAGACGGAAAAGGAGAUGCAGGGGAUGAAGAGCGGAGCUGAGAGGAAGAGGAGGAGGAGGAAGAGCAACAGCCAAGGGAAGAGGGUGACGUUCCCUGCCAGUGUCCAGCUACUGGAGGCAGCCGCCCGGCACGAUGCGGAGGAAGUCCGGCAGUUCCUUCAGAGCGGCGUCAGCCCCGACCUCUGCAACGAGGACGGUCUCACCGCGCUGCACCAGUGCUGCAUAGAUGAUUACGGUGACGUGGUGACGGUGCUGCUGGAAGCCGGUGCCGACGUCAAUGCCCGCGACAGCGAACUCUGGACGCCGCUUCAUGCCGCCGCCACCUGCGGCCACCUCCGCCUUGUCCAGCUCCUCAUCCGACGCGGCGCCAACCUUUUGGCUGUCAACUCGGACGGGAACAUGCCCUACGACCUCUGCGAGGACGAGGUGACCCUCGAUUGCAUCGAAACGGCCAUGGCGGAGCAGGGGAUCACUCAGGAGAAGAUCGAGGAGGCUCGUGCCGCCACGGAGCGCGACAUGGUGCGGGAGAUCCGGCAGCUGGUGCAGGCGGGAGCCGAUUUGGACGCGCCGCGGGGUCACGGCGCCACGUUGCUGCACAUCGCGGCGGCCAACGGUUACACCGAGGCGGCCGAGCUGCUGCUGGAGCACCGUGCCGGCGUCGCCGCCAAGGACGAGGACGGCUGGGAGCCGCUGCACGCCGCCGCUUGCUGGGGACAGGUGCCGCUGGUGGAGCUGCUGGUGGCUCACGGCGCCGACCUCAACAGCAAAUCAGUGCUGGACGAGACCCCCUUGGACGUCUGUGGCGACGAGGAGAUUCGAGCCAAACUUCUGGAACUGAAACACAAACACGACGCCGUCAUGAAAUCCCACGACAAACACAAAUCCCUGCUCCAACGGCGCACCUCCAGCGCCGGCAGCCGCGGGUGAGGACACCCCAAAUUUAUUUUUUCACCGCCGCGCCGGUUCAAAAUUAAUUAAAAAAAAAAAAAAAAAAAUUUGUACCGGAAGGAGCAUGAGCGGGAAGCCAUCGUCUGGCAACGCGCCGAGCGCCGCGACAGCGAGGACGAGGACCGGCAGACGGACGCCGACCUGCGCCGCCGCUUCCCCGAUCCCACCGAAUCACCGGAUCCCCCCGAACCGCCGCCACAACGCAACGGCGCGGCUCUUUAUACCAAAAAACACGGCGCUGGUGCCUCCUCCGCCACGGACCCCCCCCGGGACAAAUCCCACCACACCUUGGCCGACCUCAAACGGCACCGGGCGGCCGCCAAACUCCAGCGCCCGCGCCCCGAGGACACCCCCGGGGCCGGGAACCCCGUGGCAACCAUCCCCCAAAUCGCCGGAACCGGCGGCACCGGUGACCCCCCCCUGCUCAAACUGACGGCGCCGGCCGAGGAGACGCCGGCGGCCAAGCAGCGCUGCUGUAAGGUGAUGUGAGCGCCCGCAGCACCCGUGGGUGCUGCCCCUCCCUCUCCCUCCACCUCAGCCUUAUGUUUAAGGGGUGACUUUGGCCUCUUUUUGCCUCUUUUCUCCCCAAAACGGGGCUUUUUUCUGACAAAACUGAUGCCUCCUUGAGUCUUUUUUUUUACGUCCCGCAGCUGGAAGGUGAUGUGAGCGCCCACAGCACCCAUGGGUGCAGCCCCUCCCUCCCCCCGGCCUUUCUUCAAAGGGGUGACUUUGCCUCUUUUUGCCUCUUUUCGCCCCAAAAUGGGGCAUUUUCUGCUGAAAAUGACACCUUGUUGAGUUGUUUUUAUACGUCUCUCAGCUGGAAGAUGAUGUGAGCGCCUGCAGCACCCAUGGGUGCCACCCUUCCCUACCCCCCAGCCUUUCAUCGAAGGGCUGACUUUACCUCUUUUUGCCUCUUUUCUCCCCAAAAUUGGGCUUUUUCUGCUGAAAUUGAGGCCUUGGUGAGUUGGUUUUACAUGUUCCUCAGCUGGAAGUUGAUCUGAGCACCUGCAGCACCCAUGGGUGCAGCCCCUCCCUCUCCCCACACCAGCCUUAGACUCACGGGGUGACUUUGUCUCUUUUUGCCUCUUUUCUCCCCCAAAAGGGGCUUUUUCUGACAAAACUGACACCUCCUUGCAUCGAUUUUCUACGUCCCUCAGCUGAAAGGUGAUGUGAGUGCCCACAGCACCCAUGGGUGCGGCCCCUCCCUCCCCCCGGCCUUUCUUCGAAGGGGUGACUUUUCCUCUUUUUGCGCUUUUUCUCCCCAAAAUGGGGCUUUUUCUGCUGAAAUUGCAGACUCAUUGAGUUGGUUUUAUAUGUUCCAUGGCUGAAAGAUGAUGUGAGCGCCUGCAGCACCCAUGGGUGCGGCCCCUCCCUCCCUCCACCUCAGCCUUAUGUUUAAGGGGUGACUUUUGCCUCGUUUUGACUCUUUUCUCCCCAAAACGGGGCUUUUUCUG